AUGCCACUGUCUAAGCUACAGGGAGUCAAGCUCCCCGCCUCGGCCGACUUCCAUGUCCACCUGCGCGACGGCCCGAUGAUGGAGCUGGUGACGCCCACCAUUCGGCAAGGAGGCGUGAACACGGUCUACGUCAUGCCCAACCUAGUCCCGCCGAUCACAACGGUCGACCAUGCCCUGGACUACCAGAAGCGGCUGCAGGCCGUUGAGCCGAACGUGCACUAUCUCAUGUCACUGUACCUCCACGAGACCAUCAACCCGGAGACAAUCAUCGAAGCGAAGAAGCGUGGCAUCACGGGUGUCAAGAGCUAUCCGGCCGGAGUCACCACCAACUCGACCUCGGGUGUGGUCGAUUACUCGCAGUUCUACCCGGUCUUCGCCGAGAUGGAGCGUCAAGAAAUGAUUCUGAACCUGCACGGAGAAUGCCCCUCUAAGGGCGAUGUGACGGUGCUGUCGGCAGAGGAGCAGUUCCUGCCCAUCCUGGCGGAGCUCCAUGCCCAGUUCCCCAAGCUCCGCAUCAUCCUGGAGCACUGCACCACUGCGGCGGCGAUCGAGGCUGUGAAGAAGUGCGGGCCCACGGUGGCCGGCACCAUCACAGCCCACCACUUGUCCAUCAUCAUUGAUUCGUGGGCGGGAGAUCCUUUCUGCUUCUGCAAGCCCGUGGCCAAGACGCCGGCUGAUCGGGACGCCCUCCUUCGUGCCGCUGUCUCGGGUAACCCCAAGUUCUUCUUUGGUUCUGACAGUGCUCCGCACCCGGCUGCCUCCAAGCGCGGCGGAGAGAAGAUCGCCGCAGGUGUCUUCACCCAGCCAUACACCACCCAGGUUGUGAUCGAUGCCUUUGACCAGGCCUGCCAGAACGGAGUCCUCAAAGAGGAGCAGAUCACACCAGAAAUCGUCGAGGGCUUCAUGAGCAAGUUUGGCCGCGCCUUCUAUGGCAUCGGCGAGGAGCAGAAGGAAUUCAUCACCAUCGACAACAAGGGCGAGAAGAUCGUGGAUAUCCUGCAGUCAGACAAGAUCGACGUGGUUCCUUUCAGGAAGACCCAGGAGACAUGGAGCGUGUCAUGGUCUUGA